UUUGAACAAAAUAAUAAAUAAAUAUGUUCCAAAAUAGUGCUGCUCGUCUUUUGGUUCCGGCCAUCCGUAAUGCCAUGCAGAGCCGAUGCCAAUCCGUGGUUUCCGGCCCACCAACACAGCAUAUCUCAAAGGCUGAGAAAGUGAUUCUAGGCGGUGGCAUGUGCGCAGCGGCCCUGUUUAUUCCUGGCUGGGUUCUAUAUCACAUUCGUGAUUACAAGGGCGGAAAGUAAUUCGAUGAUCUAAUAUUAUGAUUCCUUUCCUUGAAAAGUAUCAAUUUAGUAAUGGUGCUCCUAUGCCACAUGAAUAAAGGAAAAUAGAUUGAAUUUAA